CCCCACGCUUGUGCCUCACCACUCCAUGCAUCGACAACCUUCGCGGCAUUCAAGACCCCCUGUUGACGACGAUGUAGACGAUAACGACGAAUUAUCUGACAGUGAUGUCGACAAUAGGAACACCCAAGGUUCCCGCAAGUCUAGGCGACCAGGUAUCAAGUGGACUGCUGACCGUACUGAUCGUCUCCUAGACUGGCUGGAACAGAAUGUCGAAAAGCGACGUUUACUUUUCUCGGAUUCUCAGGAAGAUGCCACCAAGGAGAGUAGAAAGAAGGGACAGGCUAAGUCUAGCAAGGUGGUGUUACACGGGGAGCUUGCACAGUAUGUAUUUGGUGUGGAGAGUGAUCCGACUAUUUGUGCGACUCUCAAGUCUGACCCGGUGAGGUAUACAAAGGCGGUCGAUAACCACCUCUCUUCGCUGAAGAAAAAAUACCGCCAGUCUUGUCAGGAGCUGGGCCGUACUGGAGCUGGUCUUACGUUUGAGCAACUAGAGAGGAACCCCGAGUAUACGGGACCAAUUGGUGCGUUUAUACGUGCAAUCACGGCCAAGUUCAAAAUGUUCCAUCGUUUGCAUGGCUUCUGGAGGAAGAUCCCCAGCUACAACCCUUUCACAACAUCAUCAGAUGCAGGUCAGGAUCAUGAGGCACAGGCCUACAAUCUUCUGUUCUCAAACACGCGCGGUGGGGGUCAUACUAGCCACCAUGAUGCAAGCAAUGUGGCCUCAGCCAUGGCGUUGGAUAUCCCUGCACAGCAGCAGCAGCACUACCCG